AUGCAGGACUAUGCCGCCCUUUGCUUCGUGACCGUAUUGGCGGCAGUGAUGUAUUGCUAUCACUCCUACUUUGUUCUCCGAGCGCGUCUUCACUUUCGGAUCCCACCUCCGACCAUCAAUGGUCCUCCGGUUUUCGAGAAGGUCGUGCGGGUGCAACAGGAGACGCAAGAGCAGUUCACCUUGCUUCUCCCUCUCCUGUGGAUAUUUGGCGUCUUUGUGUCCCAGCUGGUGGCGUGUGUUGUGGCUCUGGUGUGGAUCUUCUCGCGAGCCCUCUUCUCUGGCCUGCACGCCCAAGAGAAGCCCACCAAGAGCGAUGAGCACUACGCGCUGUGGGCUGAAAAACUGUCCACUGCUAUGCCUCGCAUCCUGGUGCUCGUGCUGCUCUUGAUCAGUUCAUAUCACUUCCUCCUCUCGCUCACCAACAGCCUCCUUCGUGUGCUUGGGGAGUGA